UGGUAUAUCAAUACUUUUUUAAUAGGCAACUACCAUUGUACUCAGGGAACUCUUGGCAUGCAGAAUUAUGGCUCACCAAAUCAGAACAGUACUUAUGGUGGAAAUGUUAGUGGAUAUUCUGUAGUAGGUAGAAUGAGUGGACAAACAUCUGUGACUGGUACACAGGGUUACAAUGCUGGUCCUGGUACAACUAGCAGUUAUAUGAAUUCUCAGUAUGGAAGCACUGGCCCUCCUUCUAGUACAGGUUAUGGGAUGAAUAAUAUGAUGCCUCCUCCAGCACAGUAUCCUAAGGGAAGUACUGGUCCACCAGGUGCUGCACAAGCAGCAGCCCAGGCUGCAGUAAUAGCAGCUGCAAGUUCUGCUACUAUGAGAUCUCCAGUAUAUUUAAGACAGCAUUUACAGCAAAAAAUGUAUGGUGGUAAUUAUGGCAAUAUGCAAUCUCAAGCAGGCACUCAAGGAUUUAUAGCAGGAGGUGCAAUGACUGGAGCUGCAGGUCCUCCCACAGUUAUGCCAGAAUCAUCUCCAAUGCCUCCACCAGCAGCAAGUACGCCAUCUGCACAACCGUUAAGUCAAAUUUCUGCCAUGCCUCCCACUUCAAUGGGACUUGGUAAUGUCUCUAAUUGUGACAAUGCAUCAAACUCAGCAUCAGUUGGGGCACAAGGAUUCACACAAACUUCUGCUCCUUCCACAGGUAUUAGUUGCUAUUUUUAUAUAUGAUACUUCAUCAUAAUAUUCAGGUUGCUGUGUUUAAAAAUUGGAAUGUGCUUUUAAAUCAUUUUACUUUUAAUUAAAUAUGAAAACAUUAAGCUGGCAAUAAUGAU